AUGACCUCUGAAAACACAUCUCAGAGGUCUAAAGAAGAAGACGCAGGAAUAUUACCCUCUCAAGGGAUUGCAGUCGAUCUUCACAAGUCGGGCCAAGACCCCAGGCCCACUAAUAUUAGACAUGUAUCUGCACCAGCGUACGAAAGUCCCUUGAGACAUCAUCGCCGCAAUCAGUCCAAUCCUCGAGCAGUGAAAGAGACACUGCAUGCCCGUUCCGAAUACACAAACAGCCAAGACGAAGGUGGGGGUGCAAUACAUCGAAUUAAUCAAUACAUAGUCAAGCAGGAAAUCGGUCGGGGUUCUUUUGGGGCAGUCCAUCUUGCCGCCGACCAGUAUGGGAACGAAUAUGCAGUCAAAGAAUUUUCCAAAUCAAGGCUGCGUCGGCGCGCACAGUCGAACAUCCUCCGAAGGCCGCACGCAGCCCGCCAGAAAGGGGCAAUUGCAUCAGGGCUUGGAUUCAGUGCAAUUAUUCAUCGGCAGUCGACUGCAGACCUUGAAGAGUCGGCGGAAGCUGGCAAUCCGCUAUACUUAAUCAACGAGGAAAUUGCCAUCAUGAAAAAGUUGAACCAUGGAAAUUUGGUAGCACUCAUCGAGGUCCUCGAUGAUCCCUCGGAAGACUCGCUUUACAUGGUACUCGAAAUGUGCAAGAAAGGCGUGAUAAUGAAGGUUGGAGUUGAUGAAAUAGCGGAUCCGUAUGACGCAGAGAGUUGCCGCUGCUGGUUUCGUGAUUUGAUACUGGGCAUUGAAUAUCUGCAUGCGCAAGGUGUUAUACAUCGUGAUAUCAAACCUGACAACUUGCUGCUUACAGAAGACGACGUUCUCAAGAUCGUAGAUUUUGGAGUUUCUGAAAUGUUCGAAAAGCAAUCGGAGAUGAAGGUUGCGAAGGAAGCAGGUUCGCCUGCAUUCCUACCACCGGAGCUUUGCGUUGCUAAACACGGCGAUGUGUCUGGUAAAGCAGCAGAUAUCUGGUCGAUGGGUGUCACUUUAUACUGCCUGAUAUUUGGCUGUCUACCUUUUCAAGAGGCGAGCGUGUUACGACUUUACGAAUCGAUACAAGGCGAUGAAAUCGAGUUCUCAGAUACAAUUAAGAUUGAUGACAACCUUAAAGACAUCAUACGCAGACUACUCGACAAGGAUCCGUCCAGCCGUAUAACGAUGGACGAGCUGAGAGAACACCCAUGGGUGACGAAAGGUGGCAAAGACCCUUUGCUAUCUGCCAAGGAAAACACAAUUAACAUGGUGGAACCUCCAACACAGGAGGAGAAGGACCAUGCAAUUACAGGCAAUCUCAAUAACGUCGUCGUCUUGGUAAGCACCAAGAUUCAGGAAUCUAAAUCCUUGUUAAACGACGCUCAGAUGAAAGCUGUGAAAAAGUUCAAAAAAGCAAUUGCUAAGAAAAGACCGCCGGUCUUUGACGGCAUCUUGGGACGCGACCAUAGGAUUGUUCAGCCUCCACUUUCCAUGGAUGAUGAGGGAUUCCAAAAGCCGUCUUUGAUCCACAAAACGCGAAGUAUGGACGCUCACGAUCGGCGCCCGAUAGAGACAGCGCUGGUAACAGAAGGCUUACAUCGAGACAUUGAUCUAGGUAGCAAGCAAGGCUCCACAGCCGAUAGGGAAGAUACCAAGAUCUCAUUGACGAAGAGCCCUACUUGGUCAACACCAAAACGGCCAAGCGACCCAGGUUCGACGAAUCUUAAGCGUGAGCUUGAUGCAGAGCCAAGAUCGCAUCGUAUCAUCCACUCCGCCACUUUCCCCUUAAACCAACACCAUGGCAAAGGCCACGCGCAUGACCCCCUUGAAGAUCAUCUGUACCUGAAUCUUGGACCUACGGCUUCUUCACGCCCACCCUCGCCACCAGCGGUCAGCGAGUCUCCACCAGCGGCGGAUAUCGACAUCUACGAAACCGCUUAUCGGAAGGAGGUUGAGCGCCUACGCGCGCAACAAGGUAGAUCGGCAACGCUGUUCUUGACAAGGAGAGUGGAAAGGUUGGAGCAUUCUCUGAAAGACCACGGUCUGAUUUCAGGGGCCAGCCAAUCUAUUUCCAGGUCUCUGGGCGGCUUCACAAAGGUUAUUGAAGCUGCUCAGUCAAAAGCCGCCGACGAUGUUGCUGUUGCAGAUGACGAAGAAAGCGAAUUAGAGCAGGGCCUUCAGGAUGUUGACCAAGUGACAAAAGGAGCUGCAGACAACGAGAGCGCACAGCCAGCCCCGGAAGGCAGAAAAGGGGGUGACUUUGGAUCGCUAUCAAAGUUGGUCAAACAAGUACGAUCCAAAGGUGUUGGAACGAGUGGUCAGGAUUAG